AUGCCGUUACAAUCCGACCUUGAACUCGCAUUCUCCCGCUAUCAGCCGCCAGUCCCAACAGUGAUGGGGCGCAGUCGGUGUGACGUCACGCUAAGCUGGCCGCAGCCACAUCUGGUGUUUCUCGCGGGAGAGCUGCUGUACAGGGUCGAGAGGAAGGAGAAGAUGCCACGUUGGGUCGUGGUCUACAGUGGCGGCAAAACCACGAAGAGAAUAGACAACUUGGCUCCAUGCAGCCCUCACAAGUUCCGGCUGCAGGUGAUAGUGAAAGCCACGGCCGUACCCCACCUCGCUGAUACAGCUAUUGACUACUACGGUAGUGAAGAAGCAGCGUAUGAAGCACUUGGUGAAGAGCUACUGAAAGAUAUUGAACUGGUGAAGAGAGAAUCUAAUAAAGAUACUUGUAAAGAUAAUGCUAGUGGUGAAAAUGAUAAUGUUAUAGAUAAAGAUAUGACAACUUAUAAUGAAGAAGUCGAAGAAAGAACUCACCAACUAAAACCAAAGAAUAAGAGCUGGUUGGAGUCACAAUGGUCGGACUUUCUGUGCACGAGUACGGAGUCGGAGGGCACGUCUACCGUCUGCUUCUGUAUGGCCGUGCAGGGAGGGUACCUCAAACAGGUGCAGAUAUUGCUGGAGGAACGUCCAGCUUUAAUAGACAUCGUCAAUACCACCAAUGGAUACACGCCGCUCGCUACAGCCGUUAGAAAAGGUGACAUGAACAUGGUGCGCCACCUGCUGGCCGCGGGCGCGGCGCUGGAGCAGCGAUCGUGCGGCGGUCGGACCGCGCUGCACCUCGCCGUUCUCGACACCAGCCUGCCGCUAGUGGACUUGCUGCUGGAGCGAGGAGCUGACUUCCAGGCUCGCGACAUAAACGAACUCCGCGUGGAACACUACGCGGUGGACUCGGGCGACCUGCCCACCCUGCGACACAUUCUGGCGCGGGGUGGUGACGUCACAGUCAUUGACAACAACGGGUGGACGCCGCUUUUUAGGGCAGUGUGCCAGGGUGCGUCGACGGCGAUGGUGCAAGAGCUGGUGAGGCGGGGCAGUGACAUCGACAUAGUAGACGCGGCGGGGCUGUCCCUGGCGGCGGCCGCGAGGGUCACCACCAGGCAGUAUGACCGGGCGCGCGACUCGCUCCUGCGGCUGGUAGACUCGCAGUACCCGCGCGCGGUCGCCGUCGCCAACUUCACGCGACUCACCAAGAAGAUCUCCAGCGUGCACUCGCUGCUCCGGCUCUAGCUUAUACUUACUGUACUGCAGCACGACCUUGAUGCACAAAUAACAAACAGGAGGAAGCAGUUUAAUGAACAUCAACAUAAUAAUAGAAGGAGA